GCAUCUGUAAAGUGAGCAAUAUUAGUUGGAAAUUAGCUAUUGACUUGUUUUAGUCCACCGAUAAUUAUCUUGUACGUGAAGCCCAUAUCUGUUGGUAUUGUUUAGAGCGAUGGUAUGCAGGAAAGUCAUGCUGUACAGAAGACGAUGAUGAUAAGAACUUCUAGGUGGUCAGUAGUACUUCAUAUCCUCUCUGUCAUAUUGUCUUCUCUUCAUGGCUGCUCUGCUAGAGAUACUAUAACAAUGAAAAGUAGUGUAGUUGAUGGACAAACUCUUGUUUCAGCAGAGAAUAGAUUUGAGUUGGGGUUCUUUGGCCCAUCUAGAAGCUCUAAUGUGAAGAGAUAUGUAGGGAUCUGGUACACCUCCAAUCCACAAACAGUUGUGUGGGUUGCUAAUAGAGCAACACCGCUUUCAGAUAAAAGUGGAGUUUUACAUAUUGCAAAUGGUUACCUCAAGUUAUCCGACAAGAAAGGGAAGGUUUAUUGGUGUACAGAACAGCAGAAUAAACGUUCGAAUAUUACGGUGAAGCUCAAUGAUACUGGUAACUUAAUUCUGUAUGAUGUUGAUGUUGAUGGGUUGGGGAUUAAACUAUGGCAAAGCUUUGAGCAUCCAACAGAUACAUUUCUUUUUGGUAUGAAGAAUGAUGGAAAUUUAGUUUUUACUUCAUGGACCAGUGAAGAUGAUCCAGCACCUGGAAACUUCAUUUUCAAGCAGGAUCCGCAAGCAAAUCGACUUCUUGUCACGAACAAGAGUAUCAUUUACUGGAGAUCAUGGCGGGAGUCAGGUAAAAUCUUUGAACUAGUGAACUUGAAUAUUACAGAGGAUGACACACGAGUUCACAAAAAUGAAAGAAUAGUGAUGAAUUUUACCGGAGAUUUGCAAUAUUGGCAGUUAUUUAGGGGCAUGAAAGAUUGGUCAUUGACGUGGUGGGAGCCGAAAGAUAGAUGCAGCAAGUACAAUUACUGUGGGACCUUUGGCUCUUGUAAUAUCAACAGCAAGUUACCAUGCAAAUGUUUGCCAGGUUUCAAACCUAAAGUCUCAGAGCAAUGGAAUGCUGGGGAAUUUGUGGAUGGUUGCUCCAGAAACUCUACAUCAUAUGGAACUGACUUCUUGAGCUUGAAAAGGAUGAAAUUGGAAUAUCCAGAAUCAUCAUUCAUUAUUAAUAAUGUAAAAGACUGUAGGCAGGAAUGCCUCAGGAAUAAUCAGUGCCAGGCAUAUACAGUAAAUGCCAGUAAGACUGACAGGCAACUUUCAUGUUUGACUUGGAUAGAGGAACUCAAAAGCAUUCAGGAGGACCAAGAUGACGGUUACGAUCUCUACGUCCGUGUGCCAGUGUCUGAUAUCGCACCGACAUCAAGAAGUUGUUUAACUUGUGGCACAAACUUGGUCCCUUAUCCCCUAAGCACUGGACCAAACUGCGGAGAUCCUGUGUACUACAGUUUCGACUGCGAUAUGGAUACAGGCCAACUAAGCUUCAUGACACCUGGUGGCAAUUACACGGUUACCCAUGUCAAUCCAAAGGAAAGCAUAUUUGAUAUUGAAAUGGAGGCCAAAGAAGCAGUAAAUUGUCAUGCUAUGCAUUCGUCGGGAAGCAAAAUUCUGCAGCUCAAUCGAUCAUCACCAUUCAACGUGACCAGCAGUUGCAGUAGUGACUUUACUAAUGAUUCUCCACUGAAGAGUACAAUUGAAGUGAAAAUUACUUGGAAGCCACCAUUAGAGCCAACCUGUAAUUCAUCGGCUGAUUGCAAAGAGUGGCCACAUUCAACUUGCAAUAUAACUGGAACAGGACAAAAACGGUGUCUCUGCAAUAGUGCCUUUCGAUGGGAUGGCUUGGGUUUAACCUGUACUCCAGGAGCUACUGGACAACUAAGAGAUUCUUUUAAUAAAAGCAAGACACUCCCUCUUUACCUCAUAGUAUCUCUGCCAAUUGCAAUGGCCCUGUUGUGUGCCAUUCUUUCUAUUUACUUGUGGAGAACAAAAAUGGUAAAGAAGAGAGCAAAACAAAGAAAAGCUCAUCUUCAUCGGUAUGACACUGAAAGAGGGGUUAAAGAGCUAAUGGAGUCGAGCCAUUUGGAAGGAAAGGACGGGACAGGCAUAGACGUACCUUUCUUUGAUUUUGAAAGCAUACUAGCUGCAACAGACAAUUUCUCAGAUGAAAAUAAACUUGGAAGAGGAGGGUUUGGGCCGGUAUACAAGGGUAAGUUUCCAGGAGGUCAAGAAAUAGCUAUAAAGAGGCUUGCAAGUGUUUCAGGGCAGGGCUUGGAGGAAUUUAAAAAUGAAGUUGUGUUGAUUGCUAAACUUCAACAUCGAAAUCUUGUAAGGCUGUUAGGCUACUGCAUAAAAGGGGAGGAAAAGAUUCUACUGUAUGAAUAUUUGCCCAAUAAAAGCUUAGAUUCUUUCAUUUUUGAUGAAUCACUUAGCCAGCAAUUGGAGUGGGGGACACGGUUCAACAUUAUUCUGGGAGUUGCUAGAGGAUUGCUUUAUCUUCACCAAGAUUCCAGGCUGAGAAUCAUUCACAGAGAUUUGAAAACCAGUAACAUAUUACUAGAUGAAGAGAUGAAUCCAAAAAUAUCUGAUUUCGGCCUUGCAAGGAUGAUCCAAGGGAAACAGACUGAAGGAAGCACACUUAGAGUAGUUGGAACAUAUGGAUACAUGGCGCCGGAAUAUGCAAUAGAUGGAGUUUUCUCAGUAAAAUCAGAUGUUUUCAGCUUUGGUGUAGUGAUGCUUGAGAUCAUUAGCGGGAAAAAGAACAUGAGGUUCUAUUAUGUGGAAAAUACCCCAAGCCUAAUUGCUUAUGCAUGGAGACUGUGGCAGGAAGGCAAGGCAUUGGAUUUAAUGGACUCUACACUGCGGUCAAGUUGCAAUGCGAGUGAGGUGUUGAGGUGCGUGCAUGUUGGACUGUUAUGCUUGCAGGAAGAACCCAGCGAACGCCCCACCAUGUCCAACGUUGUUGUAUUGCUGGGUAGCGAAACUGCGAGCCUUCCUAUUCCGAAGCAGCCAGCUUUUGUGACAAGGACAACACUUUCUAGCACUGCUUCUACGUCUAGUAAGGCGGAAUCUAAAACUGAAAUCACUUCCACUCUUGAUGAAAGCCGAUGAUGGUGAAGGCUAUUGUGACAUCAAAUAUUGUUUGUUAUUGUUAGUUAUUUGCUUGAGGAACGUUAGUUUGAUUUCUUGUUUAUUUGAAAUCCAAUAAAUUUGUUUCCCAGUUAGAGCAUAUCCCUAUUUUGAAGGGAAUUGUUAGUAUUCUGAUUCUCAGAAUUGAUAUUUUUGGAAACAACCUACGUUGUAACUCAGCUAUUUAAAGGGCUGAAUACUGAAUAACUUAAAUAUAUAUAUACAAAUAAAAACUAUUCUCUGCA